GAAAUCCACGUUUUCUUUACUAGAUUUGUACAAAACUACCAUACCAAGUUCAAAAUAUCAUCUUUUUAAUACACCCAUUUUUAAAAAGAUUGCAUUUUUAGUACAUAUAAAAGCUCUGCUGAUACAAACAUUACCCAAAGACUUGUAUGUUUCAGCCUUUAAGUCAAUUGUAACUGGUGUAGCCUGAACUCUCUUUGAUUGAGCAGUGCUUAUCUUGGAAGUUAGUGGAGAGGAGCCAAUGUUGCUUCAUCUCUUAUUUUCGGUAUCUCUCUUUUUGACAUUUAUAGACAAUGGCAGUGCGGGUCUAACAAGUGCAUUCGUUCGAACUCAGUUUCCUUCUGUGGAUAUUCCCCUCGAAAACGAAGCACUUGCAGUCCCACAGGGUUAUAACGCUCCACAGCAAGUGCAUAUUACACAGGGCGACUACCACGGGAAGGCUGUCAUAAUCUCAUGGGUUACUGUUGAUGAACCGGGGUCUAGCCAAGUGCGAUAUGGCUUAUCUGAGGGGAACUAUGAUUUUAUUGCUGAGGGGACUCUAACAAACUACACAUUCUACAAAUACAAGUCCGGUUAUAUACACCAGUGCCUUGUAACUGGCCUUCAGUAUGACACGAAGUACUACUAUGAAAUUGGAAAAGGCAAUUCUGCUCGGAAGUUUUGGUUUGAAACUCCUCCAAAAGUUGAUUCAGAUGCUUCUUACAAAUUUGGCAUCAUAGGCGAUCUUGGUCAAACAUAUAAUUCUCUUUCAACCCUUCAGCAUUAUAUGCAAAGUGGAGCAAAGUGUGUCUUGUUUGUUGGAGAUCUAUCUUAUGCUGACAGAUAUCAGUAUAACGAUGUCGGAGUCCGCUGGGAUACAUUUGGCCGCUUAAUUGAGCAAAGUGCAGCAUACCACCCAUGGAUUUGGUCUGCUGGGAAUCAUGAGAUCGAUUACUUUCCGUAUAUGGGGGAAGUAGUUCCAUUCAGAUCAUUUCUAAAUAGAUACCCUACACCUUAUAAAGCUUCAAAAAGCAGUAAUCCCCUUUGGUAUGCCGUCAAAAGGGCAUCUGCUCACAUAAUUGUCCUAUCAAGCUAUUCCCCUUUUGUAAAAUAUACUCCUCAAUGGCAUUGGCUGAAACAGGAACUUAAAAAAGUGAACAGAGAGGAAACUCCUUGGCUUAUAGUCCUUAUGCAUGUUCCUCUCUACAACAGUAAUGAAGCCCAUUUCAUGGAAGGGGAAAGCAUGAGAUCCGCCUAUGAAAGAUGGUUUGUCAAAUACAGAGUUGAUGUGAUCUUUGCUGGUCAUGUCCAUGCCUAUGAAAGAUCAUAUCGCAUAUCCAAUAUACACUACAAUGUCUCGAGUGGUGAUGCUUAUCCCGUACCAGAUAAAAGAGCUCCUGUUUACAUAACUGUUGGUGAUGGAGGAAAUUGCGAAGGUCUUGCUUCAAGAUUUAGAGAUCCCCAGCCAGAAUAUUCUGCUUUCCGUGAAGCCAGUUAUGGUCAUUCGACACUAGAGAUCAAGAAUAGAACACAUGCAUUCUACCACUGGAACCGAAAUGACGAUGGAAAUAAAGUUACAACCGACUCGUUCACAUUGCAGAACCAGUAUUGGGGAAGUGGUCGUCGCAGGAGGAAGUUGAAGAAGAAUCAUCUAAACUCUGUCAUUUCGGAAAGGGCCUCCACUGCACGAAUCUGAAACGCAGUUUUUUCAAGCAUGUUCUCAAACUAUGGGUAAUUUAAUGCCAUGAUCCUACUAUGCAGUUUGAAAAAUUGAUCCACUUUGUUGGAGAGUGGGUCCGAAUAGCUAUUUUCCCAGUGUAUUGGUCAUGUAAAAUAAGAGUUUAUGCUGUUUAUUUAUGGCAACAUCAUGUCAUUAUGGAAGUAUUAAGCCCUUGUAAAUUUGAAAUAGCUACAUAUUCAAUUUU